CCACAGACCACCUGCAGGCAUGCUGUUUUGUUGACAAAAAUAAUUUCAAUAAUUUUAAAAGAACAAGGUUAGGACUUAGGUACCUACCUACCUAUUGAAGUAUUGAAUUUUGGAUGAAAUCUCUCUGUAUUGAAUACUAUCAAAACUAAGUUUCUAAAAUAAAGUGAAGGUUUUCCCGAAAAUUAGUUCGAUACUUCAACGUUAAAGUUUUUCAAGAGAAAAAAUGGUUCGAAAACUAAAAUUUCAUGAGCAAAAAUUGCUCAAAAAAGUAGACUUUAUUUCUUGGAAAGUUGAUAAUAAUUUAAAUGAAGUUAAAGUUAUGAAAAGAUUCUACAUUCAAAAGCGUGAAGAUUACACUAAAUAUAAUAAAUUAUCCAGAGAGAUCAGAGAGCUUGCAAACAAAAUAAAAGACCUGGAUGCUAACACUGAAUUUAGAACUGAAGCAAGUGCACAGCUAUUGGAAAAGUUGUAUCAAAUGGGUCUCAUUCCGACCAGAUGGGAUUUGGCACUUGCAAGCAAUGUAUCAGCCAGUUCUUUUUGUAGACGAAGACUACCAGUUGUUAUGAAGAGAAAUAAAAUGUCAGAAAACUUAAAAGAAGCGACUAAAUUCAUUGAACAGGGUCACGUCAGGGUGGGGCCAGAAGUCGUAAAGGAUCCUGCGUUCUUGGUGACUAGGUCUCUUGAAGACUUUGUCACUUGGGUGGACGGUUCAGCUAUUAAGAAACAUGUCAUGGAGUACAAUGAGAUGAGAGACGAUUUUGACAUGCUUUGAGUU